UGUGUGACUCGACGGGGGUGUCCAGCUGGGUGGGGAGGUACCUACCGACGACUCUGUAGGGACUUUUAGUUCCCUCUUUUUUUUUGGAAGGGAAGGGGAUUUGGAGUGUCUCUCGCCUUAGUAUGGGUGACCAGGCUCUCAGUUUCCUUAAGGACUUUUUGGCGGGGGGUAUCGCUGCUGCCAUUUCCAAGACGGCUGUAGCGCCUAUUGAAAGAGUCAAGUUGCUGCUACAGGUCCAGCAUGCUAGCCAACAAAUCACAGCUGAACAACAGUAUAAGGGAAUCAUGGACUGUGUAGUAAGGAUUCCCAAGGAGCAAGGCAUCAUUUCCUUUUGGAGAGGCAACUUGGCCAAUGUCAUCCGGUACUUCCCCACCCAGGCCCUCAACUUUGCAUUCAAGGACAAGUACAAGCAGAUUUUCCUUGGGGGAGUUGACAAACACAAGCAGUUCUGGCGCUACUUUGCAGGCAACCUGGCCUCUGGAGGUGCAGCGGGAGCAACAUCUCUCUGCUUUGUGUAUCCUCUAGAUUUUGCCAGGACUAGGCUAGCAGCUGAUGUGGGCAAAGGGCUGAAAGAGAGGCAGUUCACUGGGCUAGGCAAUUGCAUUGCUAAGAUCUACAAAUCUGAUGGCCUCAGAGGUCUCUACUUGGGAUUCAAUGUGUCAGUCCAGGGUAUCAUCAUCUACCGAGCUGCUUAUUUUGGCAUCUACGAUACAGCUAAAGGCAUGCUGCCUGAUCCGAAGAAUGUGCACAUCAUAGUUAGCUGGAUGAUAGCCCAGACUGUAACUGCAGUAGCAGGUCUGACAUCUUACCCUUUUGACACUGUCCGACGUAGAAUGAUGAUGCAGUCUGGCAGAAAAGGAGCAUUUACUUCUGUUUUUUUCCGCAAAAAUGCCCCAUAG